GUUAAUUUAAAACUGAUUUAUGCUAAGUCUAAAGAGAGGUCAUAUCCCCAAAAAAGGCACAACAGAAAGAACUCAUAUAUUUUAGAAAAAUAUGUUUGUAGAAAAGAGACUGUAUUUUCCUAUCCUUCUCUUCAUUUAUCUCCUCUGUUGUUCGUCUCGAUUUGCUAUAUCGCAACCUUUACAGGAAUACAACAUCACUCUUUCGAAUUCUACUGCAGGGCUUGCCGGGCUUUCCUCUUUCUGGAUCAACAGGCCCUCUCUUUUUGUUAAUUCCACCGAGGACUUCUUUGGUUUCGUGACACCCAUACUUCAGCGAAAAAAUGCUGGCUCACGAUUCCUCUGUGGCUUCUACUGCAAUUACAAUGUCACUGAAUGCCUUCUUGGUAUCCUUUUGUACCACAUCAACUACAACAGGGAAAACGAUGAGAUAAAUAAACCCCAGUUAGUUUGGUCUGCUAACAGGAACCAUCCAGUGAAAUUCAAUGCAACCUUGCAACUAGGCCAUGAUGGCAACUUGGUCUUGACAGACUCCGAUGGCACUCUUGUUUGGUCCACUGAUACAAUUGGGAAAUCUGUUUCUGGCUUAAACUUGACAGGAAUGGGAAAUCUUGUUCUCUUUGAUAAGAGAAAGCGCACAAUUUGGCAGUCUUUUGAUCAUCCUACAGACUCUUUGCUUCCAGGGCAGAAUUUGGUUUCCGGGCAGAAGCUCAUAGCAAGCGUUUCAGCAACCAAUCGGAGUCAAGGUUUGUUUUCUCUUACUGUUCUCAAUGGAAGCUGGGCUGCUUACACAGAUACAGUUCCACCUCAAUACUACUACAAUUCAUAUUUUGAAGAUAGUCCUUAUUACAGUUUUGAUGGUCAAACCUUUACUGCUUUACACAAUCCUACUAACUCGACAGCUCAAUUCAUGAAGAUUGGGCCCGAUGGACAUUUAAAGGUAUACCAAUGGUCUGUAGUUGAUUGGCAUGAAGUUUCUGACAUUUUGUCGCCAUAUGUAGAUAACUGUGGGUAUCCAAUGGUAUGUGGAAGUUAUAGCAUUUGUACAAAUAACGGCCAAUGUACUUGUCCGCCACAGGAAAACUUCUUCAGACCAUUUUCUGAGAGGAAACCAGAUCUUGGAUGUUCACAGCUGACUUCCGUUAACUGCAACUUUUUGCGGUAUCAUAGUUUCAUAGAGCUCAAGAAUACUACAUAUUUUUCAUUUAACAUUGAUCAGGAACUAAAUUCGAGUAAAUUGUGGCUUGGGCAGAAAAAGUUGGAAGAUUGCAAAAGGGCCUGUCUGAGUAACUGUUCUUGCAAAGCUGCUGUUUUUGAAUAUAAUUGGAAUGGGGCUCGAAGAGGGAACUGUUUGUUACUGAAUGAAGUUUUCUCUCUCACAGACAGCGAAGAAGGAAGAGGUGAGACAGUAUUUCUUAAGGUGCAAAAUACCCCAGAGGCGCAGACUCGGUCUCUAAUCAUUCCUGGAGGAAAGAAAUCAAGACGUUUCAAAGUGAUAAUAGGAUCUACUCUUGCAGCUUUCUUCGGGAUAAUUUUAAGCAUAGCUACUUGCUUUGUUAUUUUCAGAAAGAGGGCACAUGAGUCCAGAAAGGCUGCGGAUAUUUUGGAUCUAGCACCAAUCUUUCCGGGAAUUCUAACUCGAUUCUCUUACAAUGAGCUGAAAAUAACUACAGAUGAUUUCAGUAGAAAGCUCGGGGAAGGAGGAUUUGGCUGUGUUUAUGAAGGAACACUGAGAAAUGGAACUAAAAUAGCUGUGAAGAAUCUGGAUGGUGUAGGUCAAGUAAAGGAAUCAUUCUUAACAGAAGUAAAGGCAAUCGGUGGCAUUCACCAUAUCAAUCUGGUAAAACUCAUUGGAUUUUGUGCCGAAAAAAGCCACAGGCUUCUAAUCUAUGAGUACAUGGUGAAUGGAUCGCUGGAUAGGUGGAUUACGCAUGAAAAUCAAGAAAAUGGGCUUACAUGGAACACAAGGCAGAGGAUAAUAUCAGAUAUCGCCAAAGGGUUAGCAUAUCUACAUGAGGAUUGCAGCCAUAAGAUAAUUCAUUUGGACAUCAAACCACAAAACAUCCUUCUAGAUCAAUAUCUCAAUGCUAAGAUAUCAGAUUUUGGGUUGUCGAAGCUAAUUGAGAAAGACAAAAGCAAAGUUGUGACUAGAAUGAGAGGAACACGGGGUUAUUUAGCCCCUGAAUGGUUGAGCUCGGUAAUCACUGAGAAAGUUGAUGUUUAUGCUUUUGGAAUUGUCCUUUUGGAAAUUCUCUGUGGGCGAAAGAAUUUGGAUUGGUCUCAACCUGAUGAAGAAGAUGUCCAUUUGCUACGUGUAUUUAGGAGAAAAGCGGAACAAGAGCAGCUCAUUGAUAUGGUUGACAAAAAUGAGGAUAUGCAGCUCCACAGGGAAGCAGUGACAGAAAUGAUGAGCCUUGCAGCAUGGUGUCUACAGGGAGAUUUUUCCAAGAGGCCUUCCAUGUCAUUGGUGGUUAAGGCAUUGGAAGGUUUGGUGACUGUUGAAACCAGCUUGAAUUAUGAUUUCACACAUGUACCUGAGGUUGGGGCAGGCAACCAAGAGAGGGAAGUCAUUAUCAGUUCAAAAUUUCCUUCAAUUUUAUCGGGACCAAGGUAAACAAUAUGCUUAAGAUUUUGUCUUUGAAGGAACCAACAUAUGGUUGUGUAAUGUCAAAUAUCGCAACAUUUUCAAUUCUAGCAUAACUUUUUUACCGUGUAUGAGAUUAUAAUUCAUGAAAUGUAAUGUUCAGUAACUUCUAUAUUAAAUUUUUGAGCUUCAUGUUA